GGUUCCUCCUACCACCAUGUCGACAACGCAGUCCAGCUCCGAAGCUACUUCCUCCUCCUCUGAGACUCCGUCACAAGCAAAACGCAUAGUGUACCAAGUAGAGACUACCGGAAGCCGAUGGGGCGACUUCAGGGAGGCCUUCAAGGUACGUACGGUCUCCCGCCGACAUGGACCACCGGAGCCGCGACUGACGGCCAUCGCGCUCGUCCUCGUCUCCGCCUAAGGAAGAGGCUGUCCCCUCGCGAUGACCUGAACAGGAUCAACGAGAUCCCGUGCGCGCGAAACAGCCUGCUGAGCGGGAUCGCGAGCGGGGUGGGCAUCGGGGUCAUCCGCGGCAUGUCGAGCAGUGCGUGUUCCCGGUCCCUUGCUUGCGGUUGCGCAUGACAUGCCUUUGCUUUGCUCACUCGGACGGCGCGGCAUCCUGCUGCUUUUGUUUCUGGGGGGAACGCAGGCGUGUUCGUCGCGUCGAAUUGGGCCGUCGGCACGUUCAUGCUCAUCUCCCUCGGUACAUGGACAAUCUGUCAGCGAAACCGGGAGGAAGAGCGGCGACGGUUGCAGCAGGUCGUCGAGGCCAUCCCGAAGCGCUUCGUGAAGACCGAAGAAGGCCCCGGGUCGGGCGAACCGAAGACGGCUUGAGGUCACGCUCUCGACUUUUGCACGCUCUACAUGUCCGCAGAGGAACCUGCAUAUUCGACGAACAUCUGGUAGGGUCCACUGCUCUCGACGCUUGGGGCUCACGGACCCCGGUCACGAGUAACUGCGGUAGUCCUGUCUCCGGUGUUUUCCCCCUCACUAUCGAUGGCGACGAGCGAGUGUGCCAAAGGCGACGGACGUGUUUAUGUCGCAUUAGAUUAUAGCGCUGUAGAUAAUAGCACGGAAGCCACAUGAUAUACACAUUAUCUUCAACCCAUUUAGUACGCCCGUCAGAAUACAUAUAUACAGCCUUCCUUGCCAUCGCACGCGAGCUAGUUCAACGCAAGUAACCCAAUAGAGAGGGUCCAAUGGGUGCGGCACAUAUGCGCUAGAAGUAUUCGGGGUGGCCCCAGACCUCUUUGCUCCAGUUUUCGACGAGCUCGGGGUCUUCGCGGUACUUUGCCUGGAAAUCCUGGAAGCCGCCGCGGAGGACGAGGACUUGAUGGGGGAUGUCCUCGCCGUCGCCCUCGAGCUGGUCGCGCGCCUGUGCGUAUAUUCGGGCAGCCUGCGGACCGCGAACUUGGGAGAGCGCGCAGUGGAACACAACUGUAGGGACGUUCUUCGUGCGUUCGACGAGGUCGUGCACGUGGACGUAGAACUGGCUGGAGGGGGAGUUGUGCGAGCCCUUGAUGUUUCCGCCCGCCCAGUCGUCGUCGCGCACGUCGAUUACGCAGUAGUCCUUCAUGGGGACCUUUUCGCUUUUGAUGAUGGCUGCGAGCUCGUCGGCAGAGAUGUACUUGAGCAUCGCGGCGGAUCGCAGAAACGAAAACGGGCGGACGUGACGAGGCGGCGGGGGAGGGGGACGCGAUGGACGGGACCUAGAACGAGAUAUAUGGAGGCCGAAAAAAGCCGGGGGAUGAAAACUGAGCGUGGCAGAGGGCCGACGGCGACGAGAGAAGCUGCGGGAGACUUCACGAAACCCUAGGGCUGCGCUCAUGCCUUAUCGGGCAGGCGAUGCUGUGUAGCAACGGCGACAUAUGUGGCCUCGGGAGCAGAUGCCCAGGAGACUAGAAUCCCAGCGAACCUCUCGAUGCAGGAGCGGCGAUAUCGAUGUGAGACGCGUCUUGGAGUGCUGAGGACGCGUCUUGGAGUGCUGUGGACGCGUCCUGACGCGGACGACCCAGGUUCCGAGGUUCCGAGCUGGGGAGACUCGAAGGGCACGGAGCGCUCGGGACUCGGAAGCGCACGAAUUACUACUGACCGAGACUGCACUUGAUAUUACGGCGCGUCUGACAAGUCGAAGGCGCGAGACAGAGGCGAGGCGAGCGUUGGUAGUAUGGGCGAGCAGAACAAAGGCGGAUCGGUGACUCUCUGUGCUGUUGCGGUAGAGGGCUGCUGUUCCGAAGGGCGAACGUGUGCGUUCGCGCGUGGACGGCUCCCGGGAGUUUCCGGCGCCUUAAAGCGACCUGUUCCCCCACUUUUCGUGCCAACGUCACUACUCCUCACGCCAUGUCUCUCCCGCAGCCCGUGCCCCCCUCCUGGAAGGACCUUGGAAAGUCGUCCAACGACCUCCUUGGCAAGGACUUCCCCAUCAAUGGUGUAGCCCUUGAUGUCAAGACUGCGACGCCCUCCAACGUGUCCUUCAAGGUUGGCGGCAGCCGCGACACCAAGUCGACUCUCAUCGGCGGCGACAUCGAGGCCAAGUUCUUCAACAAGCCCCAUGGUCUCACCUUCACUCAGACCUGGACCACCAGCAACGUCCUCAAGACUCAGGUCGAGAUCGACAACCAGAUCGCCAAGGGUGUCAAGCUCGACCUCCAGACUGCCCUCACCCCCGACACCGGUGCCAAGAGCGCGCUCUUCACCACCACCUACAAGCAGCCCGGCCUCCACACCCGCGCGUUCCUCGACAUCUUCAAGGGCCCGACCUUCACCGCAGACACCGUCGUCGGCCGUGAUGGCUUCCUUGUCGGUGCCGAGGCGUCGUACAACGUGACCGAGGGCAAGAUCACCAAGUACGCGACUGCGAUCGGCUACAGCGCCCCCGAGUACGCCGUCACCCUCCACGGCCUCGGCAACCUCACCACUUUCGCCGCGAGCUACUACCACCGCGUCAACCCCGACGUAGAGGCGGGCGCGAAGGCUGUCUACGACACGCGUGCCACCGGCAGUAACGUCGCUCUCGAGGUCGGCACCAAGGUCUACCUUGAUGCCGCUGCGUUCGUCAAGGCGAAGAUCAACAACUCUGGUAUCCUUGCUCUCGGCUACACCCAGGCUCUCCGUCCCGGCGUCCGUGCCUCCUUCGGUCUUGCGCUAGACACCCAGCGGUUGAACGAUGCCACUUCGCAAGUCGCCGCCCACAAGGUUGGCGCGAGCUUCACCUUUGAGGGUUAAAACGUUCAUGAUGUUCGAGGGGAGUGGCACUAUUUGGAUGUAUUCAUAGCUAUACGUUCAAUCCAUAAUGCGCUAUGUAGUACACUCAAUCUACUGUCCACGACAGCUGUCCUUCCGGAAGGGGUCUGCUGGUGCGGCAGUGAAGGUCGGCGCGCACGCCGAGUUCGACGAGGACGACGUGCAUUAUGCGGAAAGCGUGGACGAACGGACGCGCUUGUUCAGGCUGAAUAUCCGUACGCAGCUGUUGAGCGACUGCCGCUUUGAGCAUCUUGGUUCAUUCCUAGCUUCUGGCUCUACAAAUGGCACCCGUUGCAGCUCUAGUAUCGAUACCCCUGGAACCCCGCCCUCGACGCGCUG